AUGAGGAUGCUUUUGCUCUUCUCGGCUCUGCUGGUGCUCGUUCGCGCUCAAGGAGGCUUCGAGGGAGACCAGGUACUCCGCAUCACACUCCGAGAUGAGGAACAAGCCAGCCUGGUGAUGUCCAUGGAGGAACAAGACCAUCUGCAGCUUGACAUCUGGCGGAGUCCCGUCAGGACCGACCUCACCAUGGAUGUGCGUGUUCCUCAAGGGAGUCUCCAGUCCUUCAAGGUGUUCCUGGAACACAAUGCUAUCGAGUAUUCCACAAUGAUUGAAGACCUGCAGGUGAUGAUCGACAAUGAAAGAAUUGAAGCGGAGCAGUCAACGCUGAUGGAACUCACCUCUACCACCUUCAACUACGGCCAAUACCACACUCUGGAGGAGAUUUACAGCUGGAUGGACAGUUUGGUUCUCGAGUUUCCCAAUUUGGUUCAGAAGCUGCAGAUUGGGACAUCCUUCGAAGGCCGCCCACUCUACGUGCUGAAGUUCAGCACUGGAGGGAACCAGCGCCCCGCCAUCUGGAUCGACAGCGGAAUCCACGCCCGUGAGUGGGUGUCCCCCGCCAGCGCCAUCUGGAUGGCGAAGAAGAUCUCUAGUGAGUACGGCCAGGAUCACUUCAUCACCUCACUGUUGCAGAAGGUGGACAUCUACAUGGAGAUCCUGGUGAACCCUGACGGCUAUGUGUACACAUACACUGAGAACCGAAUGUGGCGCAAGACUAGGUCCAAGGUUCCUGGAAGUAGAUGUGUUGGGGUUGAUGCCAACAGGAAUUUCGAUGCUGGCUUUGGAGGUCCUGGGACCAGUAGCAAUCCGUGCAGGGAAACAUACCGAGGACCGCACGCCAACUCCGAACCUGAGGUCGCAGCCAUUGUGAACUUCGUGCAGAACCACAAGAACAUCAAGAGCUUCAUCACCAUUCACAGUUACUCUCAGCUCCUCAUGGUCCCCUUUGGGUACAAGUGUGUGGAACCCGUUGAUUACCAGGAGCUGGAAGGACUUGCUAAUGCUGCUGUCAGGUCUUUAACCUCGCUGUAUGGAACACGUUACAGGGCUGGAACCAUCUGUAAUAUAAUCUAUCAGGCUAGUGGAGGUAGCAUUGACUGGACUUACAACCAGGGCAUCAAGUACUCAUUUGCCUUCGAACUGCGUGACGAGGGUAGAUAUGGCUUCAUGCUGCCAUCCCGAGAGAUAAUUCCAACGGCCCAGGAGACCUGGAGGGCAAUACAGACAAUCAUGGGAUACGUUGCCGACCGCUCUUGA